UGGAUGAGGAUCAGAAAGGAUCUGCUGGGGGAGAGCGGCUGCUGGCAGGGAGGAUACGGAGAUCCCUAACUCUGAUGAACAAAUAACUUCGUUCCGGUGGUUCCCAGGCAUCCUGUCCGCGGCGAUUCGCCCCACAAGCUGCCAGAUCCCAUUCGGAGUGUAUUGCGAAUGAAAGAUGCCAUCCCGCAGGGUGCUGUUGCUUUUGCUGCUGUGCGCUGCCGUACGGUGCCAGCUCAGAGGUUUGUUUCCCGCUAUACUGAAUCUUGCCAGUAAUGCCGUUAUUACCACUAAUGCCACAUGUGGUGAAAUGGGACCAGAAAUGUUUUGUAAACUUGUAGAACAUGUGCCAGGGAGGCCAAUACGCAACCCUCAAUGUAGCAUCUGUGAUGAGAACAGUUCCAAUCCCAAAGAACGGCACCCGAUAACCAAUGCAAUCGAUGGCACUAAUGAUUGGUGGCAAAGUCCCAGUAUUCAGAAUGGCAGAAUAUAUCACUGGGUCACCAUAACACUGGAUUUAAGACAAAUCUUCCAAGUUGCAUACAUAAUAAUUAAAGCAGCAAAUUCCCCACGGCCAGGUAACUGGAUAUUAGAACGUUCUCAGGAUGGUGUUGAGUUCACGCCUUGGCAGUAUUAUGCAAUCAGUGACUACGAGUGCUUGAGUCGAUACAACGUGACACCAAGACUUGGGCCACCAACGUACAGAAGGGAUGAUGAAGUGAUUUGCACGUCAUUUUAUUCAAAACUUGUACCACUGGAACAUGGAGAGAUUCACGUUUCACUGAUUAAUGGAAGACCCAGUGCAGAUGAUCCAUCCCCAACUUUGUUGGAGUUCACUUCUGCGAGAUACAUCCGUCUUCGCUUGCAACGCAUUAGAACUCUGAACGCCGACCUCAUGACGCUUAACCAUCUUGAUCUCCGGGAUGUAGAUCUAAUAGUAACUAGAAGGUAUUUCUACUCUUUAAAAGAUAUAUCUGUUGGAGGGAUGUGUAUUUGCUAUGGACAUGCUCGCAGCUGCCCCUACGAUCCAGUUACUUUGAGACUUCAGUGUCAAUGCGAACGCAACACUUGCGGAGAAAGCUGUAAUGAGUGUUGCCCUGGAUACCACCAGAAUCCAUGGCGACCGGGCACUAUUUCGGUUGGCAGCCAGUGCGAGAAAUGCAAUUGCCAUAACAAAGCAGAAGAUUGUUACUUUGACCAAGAUGUGUCAGAUCGGAACAUGAGUUUGAACAUUCACGAUCAGUACAUUGGAGGAGGAGUGUGCAUCAACUGUACUCAAUUCACAGCCGGGCUUAAUUGUGAGACCUGUAUUGAUGGCUACUACCGGCCACACAAGGUGUCUCCCUACUCAGAUGCCCCUUGUUAUCCUUGUGAAUGUGACCCCUUUGGAUCUAUGAGUUCUGUUUGUAUUGUGGAUGAUAAUCAUGCCAACAUAAACCAAGGUGUCUUCCCGGGUCAGUGUCAAUGCAAAGAAGGCUUCACAGGGACAAAAUGUGACCAAUGCGCGUUUGGAUACAAGGAGUACCCAAACUGUGUGAAGUGUAACUGCAGUCUGGUGGGCAGCAUAAAUGAUGACCCUUGUGCUGAACAAUGUAUAUGUAAGGAACAUGUCGAAGGAGAGAACUGUGACCGCUGUAAGCCUGGGUUCUACAACCUGCAGGCACAAAACCCAGAAGGAUGCACAGAAUGCUUUUGCUUUGGUGUUUCUGGUGUCUGCGAUGGACUCUUUUGGCAUACUACUCAGGUUUCCAAUAUUAAUGGCUGGUACAUUAGUGAUUUACAAGGAACACGUAUUCAACCCAAUCAAGACCAGUUUGAUGGCCCCCAUCAAAUAAGCAUUAAUCAUACUGUAGCAAGAAAUUCUUUGAUAUCUGCUUAUUAUUGGGAAGCUCCUUCAGCAUAUCUUGGAAAUAAACUAACAUCCUUUGGCGGAUACUUAAGGUACACAGCGUCUUAUGAUAUUCCUGCGGACAGUGCAGACAGUGAAGUGAUAUCUGGCGUGGAUGUAAUUUUACAGGGUAAUGGGCAGACUUUGGGAUUAAAGGCCAACGGUGUCCUGCUGCAGCCUUAUGAGGAGCAUACAGCUGAGAUAAAGCUUGUUCCUGAGAACUUCAUAGACUUCUAUUCAAGGAGACCAGUGGACAGGGAUAGGCUCAUGACUGUCCUCGCAAAUGUAAACCACCUUCAAAUUAGGGCUAGCUACAACCUUGCCAAGAAUAUAAUCUCCAGAUUAAGCUCAGUCACCUUGGAUAUUGCACAACCAAAUGUUAUAGACCUCUUGCCAGCUGUUCAAGUGGAAAACUGUGAAUGCCCUCCGGGUUACUCUGGUACAUCUUGCGAGUCUUGUCUCCCUGGUCAUUAUCGUGUGGGUGGAACCCUGUUUGGUGGCAUCUGUGAACCCUGUGAAUGCAACGGCCACGCGACUGAGUGCGACAUCCAUGGUGCAUGUUAUGACUGUCAGCACAAUACCACAGGACAUCAUUGUGAUCAGUGCAUGCCAGGCUAUUAUGGAAACCCUUACCAUGGAACACCUAAUGACUGCCAACCAUGCGCCUGUCCUCUGCUGAUCUCCACUAACAAUUUCAGUCCAACAUGUCACUUAUCCAUUGACGGUGAGGCAGUCUGUGACCAGUGUGCCCCUGGAUACACCGGAACACGGUGUGAAAAAUGUGCAAAUGGUUACUAUGGCAGUCCCUCUGUUCCCGGAGGAUCGUGCGUCCCUUGUGAUUGCAAUGGGAACAUAGACCCUUUUGAGGUUGGCCAUUGUAAUGCAGUGACAGGAGAAUGCCUCAAAUGCACAGACAACACAGCGGGACGGCACUGUGAACGAUGUGCCGAUGGCUUCUAUGGGGAUGCAAUCUUAGCGAAAAACUGCACUGCUUGCCAAUGCCAUCCUGAAAGCUCUGUUUCAGGCAUUUGUCGCCACGAGACUGGCAUAUGUGAAUGUAAACCAAAUGUGUUUGGAAAAAGAUGCGAUCAGUGCGUGCAUGGAUUCUACGGUUUGACGUCUGGCAUUGGAUGUCUCCCCUGUGAUUGUAACGAGUCAGGCUCCGUUUCAGAUGCUUGUAAUGAUGCCGGGCAGUGCACCUGCGUACCUGGAGUAGCUGGACUCAAGUGUGAUGUUUGUGCCCAUGGAUUUUAUGCAUACCAGGAUGGCGGCUGCACUCCUUGUGACUGUGCACACACCCAGAAUAACUGUGAUCCUGAGUCUGGAGAGUGCAUCUGCCCUCCUCAUACGCAUGGACCCAAGUGUGAAUUCUGUGACACCAACUACUGGGGUCAUGAUCCAGAACUUGGAUGUCUGGAAUGUAACUGCAGCAAAGAUGGGUCCAACAGCCUCCAGUGUGACCUUUCAACUGGCCAGUGCCAUUGCAGAAAGGAAUUUGGUGGACAGAGCUGCAGCGCCUGCCUGUUUGGAUAUAGGAAAUAUCCCGAGUGCGUUUCUUGUGACUGUGAUCCCGAAGGCACGCAGUCUGCAUGGUGUGAUGAUGAACGGAAGGUGUGCAGCUGCGUGGAAGAGACCGGCCAAUGUGCUUGUAAGGACAAUGUGGUUGGAAGUUAUUGCAACGAGUGUAAGGCUGGCACUUUUGCUCUUCAUGCUGAGAAUCCACUGGGCUGUUCCCUCUGUUUCUGUUCUGGAGUAUCCCAGCUUUGUGCCGAAAUGGAAGGCUAUGUCCGCAUACCUAUUUCCUUGGUCCCGGAUAAUUCUCUGCUCAGCGUGGUUUCUCCAAGUAACCUCCAGGGAACUACAGACGGGGUAUUCUCAGAGGCGGUUGACAUUUUAUUGGACGCAACAGUGGUGCAGCAACGUCUGAAUUCGGAAAAAUUCUACUGGCAAUUACCACAACAGUUUUUAGAUAAUAAGAUUUUGGCCUACGGUGGAAUGCUGUCAUAUGUCAUUACUUAUUAUGCUCUGGGAGAUUCUGGUUCCUCUGAUUUUGAGCCCCAGAUUUUAAUGAAAGGUGGGAGCGCCAGCAAACUGAUUAUAUCUAUGUACACCCCUGCUCCUGGAAACGCGGUGAGAGCGGAGAUUCAAGCCAGCAUGACAGAGAAUAACUGGAGGUAUUUUGAUUCUGAGCAGACUGUAACAAGAUCAGAUUUCAUGUAUGUUUUAAACAACAUUGAUUACAUUCUAAUCAAAGCAUCUUAUGGAUAUGGAUUACAACAAAGCAGGAUCUCUAAUAUAUCAAUGGAGAUUGCGGUGGAGGCAUCAGACAUGCAUUCUGGCCGAGAAGCUGCUCAUCUCAUUGAGGUCUGCGAGUGCCCCCCUGGUUAUAGAGGACUUUCAUGUCAGGAGUGUGCACCUGGAUACUAUAGAGAGAAGCUCUCAGAAAUCAGUAUCUUAGGGUUACGUUUCCAAAACCCUCCCUGUGUCCCCUGUCAGUGCAGCAACCACAGCGAGAUCUGUGAUCCAGAUACUGGCAGAUGCAUGGACUGCCAGGAUAAUACAGCUGGUGACCACUGCCAUCUAUGUGCUCCUGGCUACUAUGGGAAAGUAACUGGGUCAAUUGCAGAUUGCUCAUUGUGUGCUUGUCCCAAGGGCAACAGCCAGAGUUUUAGCCCCACGUGCGUCCUAGAAGGUAUUAAUGAUUUCCGUUGUGAUGCCUGUCUACCUGGAUAUGAAGGGCGAUACUGUGAAAGGUGUUCUCUUGGCUACUACGGAAAUCCAAAUGAGCCUGAUGGCUUCUGCCAGAAAUGUGACUGCAACCCAAGCGGCUCAUUGAAUAAUGAAUGUGAUCGGCUAACCGGCCAGUGCAUUUGCAAAACAGGAGUAACUGGCCGUCUUUGUGAUACUUGUGAAUUAAGACACAUUCUUUUGGAAGAAGAAUGUAUAUCUUGUGAUGAUGAUUGCACUGGAACCUUACUUGAUGAUUUGGAUAGUUUGCACCAGGCCAUCUUCUCUUUUAAUAUGACCGGUAUUGGUAGACCACCUCAUCAAACUCUAUUCAACUUGGAAAAUGUGACAAAUCACUUUAAGGAGUCUGUGCCAAUAAGAGUCAGCCCAAUAAUAUCCCUGGACAUGACAAUGGAGCAGCUCAGUUCUUUGUCUAAAGACACCCUCCAACUUGAGCAGCACAUGGAGCAGGUGAUAGGUGAUGGAGAAGCACUGAACAAUGCCACCGUCAGAACUCUGAAUAAGACUCAAGAGUUAAUCGGCUUUAUUGACAAAAUGCAAACAACUAUUCAAGUAUUGGUGGAAGUGGUCGAAAGCCUAAAUGAGACGAGCAUUGAUACACAGCUCUCUGACAAUUUGCAAUUAAAUUAUGAGGAUGAUGUCUCCUUAAUGCUCAGUUCUAUGAGGUCGAAAUAUUUUGAUGAUCAAAGUCAAGAUGCUACCAAAACCCUCAAAGUAUCAGAAGGCUAUCUACACAGAGUUCAGAAACAAUAUGAGAAGCCACACCAAGAUUUAACAAAGUUAAAAAAUAGUCUUGAAAAUGCCCUCGCACAACGUAACAACAAACUACUGGCAGCGGAGGAUUUGUUGUAUGUGGCAUCUGCAAACACCAACAACACCAACGAUCUGCUGGUCAUUAUACAAAGAAAUCUGGCUGAUUUGAGGACAAAAAAACACGACCUUCAGGAAAAUAAGAACCGUUCUGUGUUGUUGAUUGAGGAAGGUCUUGGGCUGGUGGAUGAUGCAGUUUUGCUUGCAGAGGACACCAUUAAUGCUACAUCUGUUUUGGAGACCCACCAAGAGGAGCUUCUUCUUUGGAAUUCUAAACUGAGACACCAUGUAGAUCGUCUGGUAAUGCAGAUGGCCAAAAGAGACGCACUUGACAUGGUCUAUAAGGCAGAAGAUUAUGCAGCAGAACUACACAAACUUUCUGCUUCUCUAAAUAGUUCUCUUUUAGAUAUAAGGAAUGCCUCUUUGAAUGCCACCAGUGCGAUCCACUCUCACACAGAUAUCAAAAAUAUGAUUGAGCAAUCAGAGGUUCUUGCAGAACAGUGUAACCACACAGUUACAGGAGUCCUGGCAAUGGUUUCAGGGGCAAAUGGAUCUUUACAAGUUGCACCAAAAAAUUCUAUGAAGUUCAGCACACAACUUCUUAAUGAGGCCAAAAAUUUAAGUCUUAGCACGGAAGGUCUUGUGUCUGAUUUGAACGAUCUGAAAACAAAAGCAGAUACAAUACAAAAACGCACUCAUGCAUUUACACGUCAAAUAAGUGAACAGCUGCUGGCUCUGAGAAAUUUACCAAAUGAUACCAGUGAGAAACUACAAGAUGCUAAAGAGCUUGCCUUGUCUGCCAAUGUCAGUGCAGCUGGCACUUUAAACCAUAUCACGAACUUCAACCAAAAGGUGUUAACUGCGUCCUCUGCGCUGUCCAAAGUCAAUGACACGCUGCGGAAAACCAACGAGCUUCUAGCGGACUCAUCCAAGACGGCGGUAACAGCGGAAAGCAGAAUUAAAGAAGUGGAAACACAGGCCAACAUUUUAUUGGAUAGACUGAAACCCUUGAAAUUGCUUGAGGAAAACCUAAGCAGAAAUCUAUCUGAAAUUAAAGAGCUUAUUAGCCAGGCCCGUAAACAGGCCGCAUCGAUUAAAGUGGCUGUUUCAGCCGACAGAGAUUGUGUACGCUCUUACCACCCAGAGCUCUAUUCUACACAUUUCAGCACUCUAACUCUUAAUGUUAAGACCGGCGAGCCGGACAACCUGCUUUUCUACCUGGGCAGCAGCACGAAAGCUGACUUCAUGGCGGUAGAAAUGCUGAAAGGCAAGGUUUCCUUCCUUUGGGACCUGGGCGCAGGAUCUGUAAGGCUCGAAGAACCUGAUAUCCAGAUAAACAAUAACAAGUGGCAUAAAAUACACGCAACAAGGUUUGGUAAAUCAGGUUCAUUGACUGUGGAAGAAAUUGGCACUUCUCAGAAGCCCACAGCCAAAAUGUCAUCUUCACCUGGUACAUCAUCCAUACUCCACAUCGAUAACUCAACAUUGAUGUUUGUUGGGGGAAUAGGAGGACAAUUACAGAAAUCAACAGCAGUCAAGACCACAGAUUUUAAAGGUUGCAUGGGCGAGGCGUUCCUUAAUGGGCACUCCAUUGGUUUAUGGAACUAUGUUGAGAGAGAGGGCAAAUGUGGUGGAUGCUAUGGAAGCCCACGAGAAGAAGAAACUGCUUUCCAUUUUGACGGCAGUGGAUAUUCUAUUGUAGAGAAGACGCUUCGUUCCACUUCAUCUCAGAUAGUUAUCCAUUUCCGAACAUUCGCUCCAAAUGGCCUUCUUUUGUAUCUUGCUUCCAAUGGAACACGAGAUUAUUUAUCUAUGGAAAUGGUGGACGGUAAACUGAGAGUAUCUGUCGAAUUGGGAUCAGGACCUCUGAUACUGAUGACAGAUGGACGCUAUAAUGAUGGAGCAUGGCAUAAAGUAGCCUUCCAGCGCAACAGGAAGCAAGGUAUACUGGCUGUGAUGGAUUCCUACAACUCAACCCAGAGAGAAACCAAGCAAGGAGAAGCUCCAGGCGUUGCUUCAGACCUUAACCGGUCAGAUAAGGAUCCUAUUUAUAUUGGUGGACUUCCCAGAUCCAGGAGUGUUAGAAAACAGCUUAGCAGCAGGUCCUAUGUGGGCUGUAUAAAGAACUUGGAGAUUUCCCGCUCAAAUUUUGACUUGCUAAGAAAUGCCUAUGGUGUAAGAAAAGGCUGUAAACUGGAGCCAACUCGUAGCAUUACCGUUUUAAAAGAUGGCUACGUGGAAAUGCAGCCAGUAUCAUUGGCAGCAGAAUCAGAGCUAAUGGUAUCGUUCUCCACACUCAAUGAAUCUGGAAUUAUCGUGGCUGGAUUUGGCAAGGGAGCGGAAAAACGCAGUCGCAGGCAAGCUCUCUUGCCAUUCUUUGCUAUAAUGCUGGUGAAUGGACAUAUUGAAUUCCAUAUCAACCCUGUGGAUGGUGCCAGCACAAGAAAGGUCAUCAUCAAAUCUCCUACUGGAACCUUUAGUGAUGGACAAGAACACUCUAUUAUUGUCAUCCGGAACAAGAGACUUGUGAAUGUACAAGUGGAUGAAGGAAAACCUUCCGAGGUGAAGAUGAACGGACCAUCUGUCGAUUCCAUCUCUAUAAAUGCUUCCAAUUUUUAUGUCGGUGGCGUCCCUGGUAAAAUGGGUACAGCCCCCCUCAAAACAAGCCAGUCUUUCUACGGAUGUAUACGCAAUCUGGUUGUAAAUAUGGAGCAGAUGGAUUUCACCAAUGUCCUGAAAUAUGAGGGGGUUCAUAUGGAUAGCUGCAUGCUGUCAGAGAAGCCUAAAUCCAUUGCCCAGCUGGAAGUGGAAGUUCUGCCGACUGCAACGCCUGCUCAGCCUGUCACAGAGAGAAAAUUAACUACCCCCAUACAGAAAUCAUUUGUAACUAAGCCAUUGCAGUGUGCACUGGAGAUGAUGCCGGACCAUGUGCCAGAUGCUCACCAGUUUGGCCUCACUCAGGGAAGCCACAUUGUACUGCCUUUUGACCAAUCAGCUGUCAGAAGAAAACUCUCUGUACAGAUAACUCUCAGGACAUAUGCCACCAGUGGUCUUAUUUACUAUAUGGCUCACCAGAACCAGAUGGAUUACGCUGCACUUCAACUUCAUGAAGGGAAACUUUAUUUCUUAUUUGAUAUGGGAAAAGGACGGACUCAGGCUUUCCAUACGGCUGUUAUUAAUGAUGGAAAGUGGCACUCAGUAAUAACAGAAUAUUAUAAAAGAAAAGGUACGAUUACUAUUGAUGGUCAGGAAUCAGCAUCAGUUAGUGCUCCAGGGGACAGCAAUACUUUGGAUGUGGAAGGGAAGCUUUAUCUUGGUGGGCUUCCACUAGACUAUACAGUGAAGAGCAUUGGGAAUAUCACACACAGUGUCCCAGCAUGCAUUGGCAAAGUUGCCAUUAAUAACAAACAACUGGAUAAGGAGAGCGCUAUCUCCAUACACGCAGUAAAUAAGUGCUACGCAUCUGUCCAAGAGGGAACUUACUUUGAUGGAACUGGAUUUGCUGCCCUUGUUAAAGAGGGGUACAAAGUCCGCUCAGACGUAAACGUGUCUCUCGAGUUCCGCACUACACAGAUGAACGGUGUUCUUCUUGGAAUUAGCAGCGCUAAAGUUGAUGCCAUUGGCCUGGAAAUCAUACAUGGCAAGGUUUUGUUCCAUGUUAAUAAUGGUGCCGGCAGAAUAACAGCAGUCUACAAGCCAGAGAGCCCCAGCUCUUUAUGUGAUGGCAAGUGGCAUAAGCUUCAGGCCAGUAAAAUUAAACAUCGCAUUGUCCUUACGGUGGAUGGAAAUGUUGUGAAUGCAGAGAGCCCACAUGUCCAGUCAACCUCUGCAGACACUAACAAUCCGAUUUAUGUUGGAGGCUAUCCGGCUGAUGUGAAGCAAAACUGCUUGACCAGCCAGACCUCAUUCCACGGAUGCAUACGCAACAUGAAACUGGUGAAGGGCACGCAGACCGAAGCCAGUGAUUUCAGCAAAGCCUUUGAAAUGCGCGGAGUCUUUCCUCAUUCCUGUCCUGGAACAGAAAAAUAA